AUGGUCAACAAUGCGGGUGUUGGUCUUAUCUAUCGCGAUGGACUGAGCCUGCGUAUCCAUGAAACCCCUGAGUUUGCCUGGGAUAAAAUCAUGGGUGUGAAUGGAAAAGGCGUGUGGUUAGGAUGCACAUUGGAAUAUGCUGCUGACAGGAUUCACGUCAAUGCCAUAGCCCCUGGGUAUGCGCAAACUCCAUUAUUGGAUGACCUGAUGGCCAAAGAUAGUGAAGAUCCGGCCAUAAAAGAUAUGCGUGCCUCCAUCGAAGCCAAACAGCCACUUGGCUGCCGGAUGGCUGAACCGCAUGAGGUAGCCAGUGCUGCGUUAUUUCUUGCAUCGGCAGACGCAAGCUUUAUAACUGGCCAUACCCUUACUGUGGAUGGAGGAUAUCUGGCUGGAAAGUAA